ACGGCUGACGACGUGGCCAUGCUGCGUGUUUUUUAGCGGACCGGGGCGAUUCAAACGAAGCACACCGGCAUUUUGGAUUUGCCUGGUCGAACACGAAAAGUUUGAUAUUACGAUUACCGAUCAUGUCUGGGAAAAUCAAAAGCCGCAAUGCCGCAAACGCAGACACGAUAACGGGCGGCGUGUCCUGCGACGAGCGGAUCCUGCGGGAUUGUCAUCAGCUGUACACGGAUCCCGAGAGCGGUCUGAUUGCAGUAGCAGAAUCUGUUGGUGUGAAACUUUUGCCGCCCAGAAAAAAGAUCACGGUGAUGCUGAUGGGUAACCACUCUGCUGGAAAAAGCUCCUUUAUCAAUUGGUAUGUAGAAGAGCAUAUACAGCGCACUGGAGUGGCCAUUGAGACCCAAGGAUUCAGUUUUGUAACAAGUGGCCGUAAGCGAGAAUCACUCACGGGCAAUGCUACACUCCACUUGUACCCACAUUUCAAGCCACUGCAAAAAUUUAGAGGAGUUUCCGAGUACCUGAGCACAGAGAUCUGUACGUCACGGCAGAAGCGUUUCAGCUUGGUGACGUUUGUGGAUUCCCCUGGACUUGUGGACGGAGAUAUGAAGUACCCAUUCGAUGUAGAUGAGGUCAUCCUUUGGCUUGGUGAUCUCUGUGACCUGAUCCUUGUGUUCUUUGACCCAAUGGGACAGGCCCUCUGCAAAAGGACACUCAAUAUUGUCGAGAGCUUGAAUGAAAAACAUGGGGAUCGGCUGCGUUUCUACCUGAGCAAGGCCGAUGAAGCGGGAGGUGAAUCUGACAGACAGAGAGUAAUGAUGCAGAUUGUUCAGGAACUUUGCAAGCGUCCAGGACUCAACAAAUGUGGUUUUGACAUGCCCACAAUCUACAUUCCAAAUCCUAAUAAGCCAAGUCGAUGUGUCAACCAGAUUGAGGAAGUGUGCCGUGCGAUUGAAAAAACCAUCAACCAGACAGUGCAGAACACCCUCAACUCUUUAGAAAAAGACUGUGAACUGAUCAGCGAGGCCAUCACUGACACACUAGCCAAUGAUAGGUGGAUAACCUCAGAGAAUCGCCGGGCCCGUUGUAAGAGUUGCUUCCUCACGUUGCUCGGCUUUAGUGUGCCGUUGGCUCUUAUGGCCUUGUUGGUUCUGGGCACUCUGUCUAAAGAACUGUUGGAGGUGACUUUGGGUCCUCAGGGAACUGAGGCUCUGUCACUGUACCUGGCCCCUGUUGUGCGUCUCUUUGACACUCUGACUGGAGAACAGCAGCUGUACCUCUGCGGUGGGCUCAUCAUGCUCUCCUUCCUCUUCCUCCUCGUCUCACGUUUCUGCUUUAAGACGCAUCAAACGAUGUCGGGCAAACAGAGAAGGCAACUGCAGGAGAAGCUUGAAUACAUCCAAGAGGUGGUAAAGAAUAAAAAGAAAAAGCUCUAUGAAGAAUACCUGCGGCAGAGUGUCAGUGAUCAGGACAUGGACAUGUAAAGGAUGGAUUAUUCAAAG